AUGUUUGAAGGCGAAGAGUUUGAAGUCAGUCGAAGGUGUUUGGACGCCGUCAUGAGGAAACGUUCUGCCGAGGGUUUGGGGGCAACAUGCAGAAAGCCAACUGAGUCCCAUCACAUGUCUGCACUUCGCGCUGAGGGGAGGGAAGGAGCACAGGUCCUUGAGGAUGUUCAGGAACCCACAAAUUACCAGACCACAUCAGGACCAGAACGGGCGACAGUUCCUUCUGUACACGGAAGAUGUGUCCAAGACGAACCCCGUGAAGACAGAAAGAAGACUGACUUCUAUUUCACCCCCCGAACCAUGCCGAAGGAUGUAAAAUGGUACCUACAGACACCUGUUGGGCAUAACACGCUCCAAGCCACGGUCAAGCGCCUGUGCAAAGCUGGUUUGGAAGGCACCAAGACAAACCACUCUGAGCCACGGCUGCUACAAGGCUUUAUCAAGCCAACGUAGAUGAACAGAUGAUCUGCGAGAUAACUGGUUAGCAAAAGGUUUUGCUUGUUCUUUUUAAAAAACUACAAAUUUUAGUACACGAAAACGCCUACAUUAUGUCCCAUGAAUUCGUCAUAUUUUCCUGUUCUCGUAUCUUCAGUGUUUCAGUAAUGUGACAUUAAUUCCAUACUUUUUAAAACUCCAUUUUGUUACCAGUUUAAGAAUAUUAACAAGGUCACAAGAGCGAAGCUGUGUGAAGCUACAAACGUACAUCGGACGUACAGAAGGCUAACAUGUCUGACAUCCUGUCAAAUGCACCUAAGCUACUUCAGUCGGAGACGCCGACAACUGUAUCGGAAGGGAAAACCGGGUGCGUGGUAACGGCAAAGACGGCGACAACCGAGUCGGUGAACAAGGACAAG